CGUCCUCCUCGACGAGAGGCUGCGUGGGGCAUGUGCCAGGAGAGGCUCCCCGGGAAAUGGCCCUUGGAGCUGGGGGGUCUGGGUGGCAUCCUCGGCGGCGCUGAGGGAGGAGAGGAGGGGGAGCCAGGCGAGGGAUGGUGUGCUCUGCUGGGCUGAGUGAGGGUUGCCCCCCUUCCGCUGCAGCAGCAGCAGCGGCGGCGGCAGCAGCAGCAGAAGAAGCGGCAGCCUGGUCCUCGCUGGCGGCAGAAAUGCUGAAUUCGGUAAUCUGCAGAAAAGAUAUAUGGAUUUUUAGCAGCUGAAGAACAAAUUCAGGUCUUGAAUUUUGGACACUGGGUGAGGGUGUUGGUUUAGAGGGUAGUCUUUUCAGCCACCCCGUUUGGAUUAAAGCGAAUUAUCACCUGGAGGAUUACCAGCAGAGAGAAAUCUUGAUUCAUUUUUUUGGAAACUUUCGCUGCUGAAUUACCCUUAAGUUUCGGCCCACAGUCAUGUGGCCGCCACAGCUGCUGUUCCUCACAAUGCUCUUGGCAUCCACAGUCGUCCACGCUUUCAGCCGUGCCCCUGUUCCGAUGGCAGUGGUCCGAAGGGAACUCUCCUGUGAAAGCUACCCAAUUGAACUGCGCUGUCCAGGAACAGAUGUUAUCAUGAUUGAAAGUGCCAACUAUGGCAGGACGGAUGAUAAAAUCUGUGACUCUGAUCCUGCUCAGAUGGAGAAUAUCCGCUGUUAUCUGCCAGAUGCCUAUAAGAUUAUGACUCAAAGGUGCAGCAACCGGACGCAGUGUGCCGUGGUGGCAGGUCCAGAUGUGUUUCCUGACCCUUGUCCAGGAACAUACAAAUAUCUAGAAGUGCAAUAUGAAUGUGUCCCUUACAUUUUUCUUUGUCCUGGACUACUAAAAGGAGUGUAUCAGAGUGAACAUUUAUUUGAAUCCGAUCACCAGUCAGGAGCCUGGUGUAAGGAUCCAUUGCAGGCUUCUGACAAAAUUUACUACAUGCCAUGGACCCCUUACAGAACUGACACCCUAACAGAGUAUUCUUCCAAGGAUGAUUUCAUUGCUGGAAGACCAACUACAACUUACAAGUUGCCGCACAGGGUAGACGGCACGGGGUUUGUGGUGUAUGAUGGGGCUUUAUUUUUCAACAAAGAACGAACCAGGAACAUUGUCAAAUUUGACCUACGGACAAGAAUUAAAAGUGGGGAAGCCAUCAUUGCUAACGCCAACUACCACGACACGUCCCCUUACAGAUGGGGCGGCAAGUCUGACAUAGACUUGGCCGUGGAUGAGAAUGGCCUUUGGGUGAUCUAUGCAACUGAGCAAAACAACGGCAAAAUAGUCAUUAGUCAACUGAACCCUUAUACCUUGAGGAUCGAAGGGACAUGGGAUACGUCUUAUGACAAGAGGUCGGCUUCUAAUGCAUUCAUGAUCUGUGGCAUUUUGUAUGUGGUGAAAUCUGUGUAUGAAGAUGAUGACAAUGAAGCAACAGGUAAUAAAAUAGACUAUAUUUACAACACUGAACAAAGCAAAGAAAGUGUAGUGGAUGUUCCUUUUCCGAACUCCUACCAGUACAUUGCUGCGGUGGAUUAUAAUCCAAGGGACAACCUUCUUUACGUAUGGAACAACUACCAUGUGGUUAAGUACUCUUUGGAUUUUGGACCUAUGGACAGCAGAACAGGGCAGGUACACCAUGGCCAAGUUUCCUACCUUGUUCCUCCAAUUCACCUGGACUCUGAUAUCGAGAGGCAAUCGUUUAAGGCAUCAACGGCUGGAGCGUCAGGUUUGGGUGGGACUACCACGAGCACUACUCCCCGACUAACUACCGGCAGCACUGCACGGACCACCACUGCUGCAGCUUUGGGCAGAAGGAACAAGAGCACAACGACACCUUCCCCGGGCUUGGACGCCCCGAAUGAAAUGACGACACACCUGCCGCCUGCGGCUUCCCAGCUGCCUGCAAUAGGGGCAGAGAGCUGUGAGACUGUGGAAGCCCGUGAGAUCACAUGGUUUAAGACCCGGCAAGGACAAGUGGCCAAGCAGCCGUGCCCGAGGGGCACUGUAGGUGUUUCAACAUUCCUGUGCCUUGCUCCUGGCGGGAUCUGGGAUCCUCAAGGGCCAGAUCUUAGCAACUGCUCUUCACUUUGGGUCAACCAUAUCACGCAAAAGUUGAAAUCAGGAGAGACAGCUGCCAACGUUGCUAGAGAACUUGCCGAGCAAACGAAAAGCCACCUGAAUGCCGGAGACAUUACCUACUCGGUUCGCGCCAUGGAUCAGUUGGUGGGUUUGUUGGACGUGCAGCUCCGAAACUUGACGCCUGGUGGAAAAGACAGUGCUGCGCGUAGCUUAAACAAGCUUCAGAAACGGGAGCGCUCCUGCAGGGCCUAUGUCCAGGCCAUGGUUGAAACAGUCAAUAACCUCUUGCAGCCGCAAGCUUUAAAUGCAUGGAGGGACCUGCCUGCAAGUGAUCAGCUUCGUGCAGCAACCAUGUUAUUGGACACCGUGGAAGAAAGUGCCUUUGUACUGGCUGACAACCUUCUCAAGACUGAUAUUGUGAGGGAGAACACGGACAACAUUCAGUUGGAAGUUGCAAGGCUAAGCACAGAUGGAAACUUGGAAGACUUGAAGUUUCCACAGAAUACAGGCUAUGGAAGUGCCAUCCAGCUCUCAGCAAACACACUGAAACAGAAUGGUCGGAAUGGUGAAAUCAGAGUGGCUUUUGUCCUAUACAACAACCUGGGCCCCUACCUGUCCACAGAAAACGCCAGCAUGAAACUGGGGAUGGAAGCCUUGUCUACCAAUCACUCUGUCAUAGUGAAUUCCCCCAUUAUUACAGCAGCAAUAAAUAAAGAAUUCAGCAAUAAGGUUUAUCUGGCUGAUCCUGUUGUGUUCACUGUCAGACACAUCAAGCAGUCAGAGGAAAAUUUCAACCCUAACUGUUCUUUCUGGAGCUAUUCGAAACGCACAAUGACAGGAUAUUGGUCAACUCAAGGAUGUCGGCUUUUGACAACAAACAAGACGCACACAACUUGCUGCUGUAACCACCUGACCAACUUUGCUGUCCUGAUGGCCCAUGUGGAAGUGAAGCAUGGUGAUGCAGUCCACAACCUCCUCCUGGAUGUCAUUACUUGGAUUGGCAUUCUCCUGUCCCUCGUCUGCCUCCUGAUCUGCAUCUUUACUUUCUGCUUCUUCCGUGGGCUCCAGAGUGACAGAAACACCAUCCAUAAAAACCUGUGCAUCAGUCUGUUUGUGGCAGAGCUUCUCUUCCUUAUUGGGAUCAACAGGGCCGAUCAGCCGAUAGCCUGUGCUGUGUUUGCUGCCCUCUUGCACUUCUUCUUCCUUUCUGCUUUCACGUGGAUGUUUCUGGAGGGAGUACAGCUCUACAUCAUGUUGGUGGAGGUCUUCGAGAGUGAACAUUCACGGAGAAAAUACUUCUACUUGGUUGGCUAUGGCAUGCCCGCUCUAAUUGUGGCUGUUUCGGCAGCCGUAGACUACAGAAGUUACGGCACAGGAAAAGUAUGUUGGCUUCGACUUGACACGUAUUUCAUCUGGAGCUUUAUAGGACCUGCAACCUUGAUAAUUAUGCUUAAUGUAAUCUUCCUUGGGAUUGCUCUUUAUAAAAUGUUUCAUCAUACAGCCAUAUUGAAACCUGAAUCUGGGUGUCUCGACAAUAUCAAGUCAUGGGUUAUAGGUGCAAUAGCUCUGCUCUGCCUAUUAGGACUGACCUGGGCCUUUGGACUUAUGUAUAUUAAUGAAAGCACCGUCAUCAUGGCAUACCUCUUCACCAUUUUCAAUUCUCUGCAGGGAAUGUUUAUAUUCAUUUUCCAUUGUGUCCUCCAGAAAAAGGUGCGUAAAGAAUAUGGGAAAUGCCUGCGUACGCAUUGCUGUAGCGGGAAAAGUACAGAGAGCUCCAUUGGCUCAGGAAAAACAUCUGGGUCACGAACACCAGGACGAUAUUCCACAGGCUCACAGAGUCGCAUUCGCAGGAUGUGGAAUGACACUGUCCGAAAGCAGUCGGAGUCAUCCUUCAUCACUGGUGAUAUAAACAGUUCAGCGUCACUUAACAGAGUUCAAGAGCUUUUCCCAGAGGAGUUACUAAUGCUCCGCACAGCGCCUGGUAGAGCUUGUCCACUUACUCCACUGCUACAUCAAAGCUGGGACAUCAGAAGACAGAAGCCAUGGAAAAGCGGGGAACACCAGGAGUGGGCAGAAAAGCAUGAAAUGGAACCCACAGAAAAAGAGCUAUGAGGAAGUGACAUUCAGGGAGCCAUAUAGACUCUUUGCCCUGACCUGUUCGUUAUUUGCAUUAACCACUACUAGGCAAUCCAGUGAGGUAAUGGGCAAACCAAUAAAGUCAAUCUCAAACACUUACCUGUGGGGGAUCUCCUUCUUUCCUGUUGCAAGUUACGGAUGUCAGGUGGUUUGACGUCCCCAGUGAGUUAAUGACACACGGCAAGUCCUUAUUUUCUAGUAGCUGUCCCAAAUCAUUGUGUCUCCUGAUCUUUUUGUGUUACAUGCAACUGUGCAUUAGAGUUCUUCGGGUUUCCUCAUCCAACCACAGACCCUUAAGUGUCAAUCAUCGUUGAUAGAAUUGUGGCCAUCCUAUUUGACCUCAAAGUUGGUGCUUUCUCUCUUUUAUUCCGGGGGUUUGAGUGAUGAUGAAGACUCUGACCGUGACUAGGGGUAGCACAGACUCCCCAAUUGUGACUGUUGGUCGUUAAACUAUUCUGCUUCUAGAUAGGGUCAUGGCAGGAAGAAAGGUCUAUGGAAAAGGAGAAGGCCUGGACUAAGAUGGAAGCUGAUAUGGGGGAAUAGAGGAGCCUAGAAAAAAGAGGAUUUGUCAGGUAGGUCUUGAGUAAUAAGAGGAGAGUGAAAGAGACACAAAAAUUGGGGUUGCCCAGUGCCUGGAUAAGUUGGAGAAGGCAUAUUGAUUCAUAAUACCCUGACAAAUCUUUGACUGUAAACCUAGGAUCCAAAAACUGCCAUAGCACCGGGGUAGCCAACAUAGUCUCUCCAUAUUUUGUUUGACUCCAUCUUCCAUCAUCCCCUGCCAGCAUGGCUAAUGGCAGUUGUAGUCUUACAUCAUUUGGAGAUCACCGCAUUGCCUACCUGUGUGCUAUAGCUACCCAUUCUAAUCCCUCCUUCCCAGCAAGAACUCUGUCACCACUAUCAGAGGGAAAGCAAAGGAAAACCUGGCCCCAGAUACUGACCUAGUUCACGUCCAAAUGUGAACACACACAACAAGUUCAACUGCCAUCUGUUUCCUCUUAAUCACAGCCUGCAUGAGCUGUUUCACUAGUCUUCAUAAAAUGCUUAGGCAGAACAAUGCAUGUUUUCACAUUUUUUAGUGUAACAUUUAAAGCAUUCUGUAAAGUUGUUCAGAGUGUUGGGGAUGAAGCGGAACAUAAAAUAAAUAAGUGGUUGUAACUUGGAUGGUAAGAAGGUGACUGACUUGCAGCUCUUGGCCUUUCUCACUGCAUAUUCCACAUUACAGCUCUUUGAACCUUGUCUGCUAAGCAUAUAAACCACUAGGGGCAUUCUUAGGCCCAGCAUUGAUUGACAGGACAUUUUUGAUAUAAUUUUUUCAUUUUCUAUCCCAAUACUCCUUCCUAAACUCUUUCUUGAGAGUUACGGAUUUGCUUUUUGUUAUUUUUCAACCAGUUAGUAUAGAGAAAAUGAAGCCAAAACCACAACUACUCCUAUCAUUUUUGGAGCAUCCUCGCUUUAUGGACUUGUGAUAAAUAUACACAAUUUAGAUACUAGAAAAGUAGAGGAAAUUGCAGAAUACAGAAUCUUACUGAGGAAAAAUUGGAGCUGCUCUUCCCUAGCUUAAAAGUUACUGUAGCUGGUUUUAAAGAACUCAAGCCCGGUUUUUUUAAUGACUCCUUUGAGCAAGGAGGGUCUGCCCCCAUUCUCUUACUCUCUACAAGAAGGUGAACAAGGCAGAGUCUCCAAAGGAACAAGGGUGCAGCUAAAAUUCUCUUGAAAAUGGCAGAUGACUGACGCUAGCUUGGGAAGUGGAUCUAGAGACACGAUUAACAGAGACUGAGUGGAACUCCUAUGUAGUUAAGCUUCACCUGAAAACUAUUUCGGCGAGAACCUGGGAGGUCAUGUUAAAGUUGAUACACACAUGCAUCUUACUCCUGUUGAGUGGGAAUGUCUCUGUUGUGCUCAAGGUGAUGAUAGGUACAGAGGUCAUUGAUUCACCUGGGGUGGGAAUGUGAUAAAAAAAUUUUUAAUGGAAUAUGAUUUUGACUACCAUUGGCGACAUUGUUCAACAGGCAGUUCAGCAAGAUCCUCUCUUGGUGUUAUUAUUUUUAGAGAACAACAAACAGGUUGUUCAAAAAGAAUUUAUAGUACAGCUAUUAAUUGUGGCUUAUGUAUCACUAGAUAUGGCAAAAAGCUGUAGCAGAAAAAUUAACACAACAGCGUAGAUUAGCUGAGAGAUUAAACAAGAUACAUAUAUGGAUGGAUGUUUUCCUUUUUCCUUUCCCUUUUCAAUUUGCAUUAAGUCUCACAUGGGAGCCUGCUGUGUCGUUUGGUAUCAACAGUAUCUAAUCCUAUCAGUUAUACACCAAUUUGUGUUAACAACAUAAGGAUGAUAUCAGGCAGAAACCGCUUUUCUGCAGUUCUUAGCUGGUACAAUAAUAUGCAUGCUUUAGAAACUAUCACUGAGCUCUGUGGGCCUGUUGUGUCACAAGGCCCUUUCCCCCAUGGAGCGCUGACCCUUAGCAAGCCCCAUCUGAUUGUUCGCCCAUUCCUCUUUCUUUCUUUCUUUCUCUUUUUCUCUCCGAAAUGUUUUGAGUUUCUGUCUUAGGGCAGAAUCUAACUGGGCAUUAUGCUAUGCAAGCCCCAUCAGAAUGAAUAAAGGCUCUAUCAGAUCACAGUAGUUGGUGAUUGGACUGUGUCUUUAGGUAAUUGUUGCAAAUGUCCCUGUAUUAUUGUUGUGGGUACCAACACAGGAAAAAUACUCCUCUUUCAUUAUCACAGUUUUUCAGCAAUUCUUUCCUAGUCUUUUUAUAUCACUCCUUGCUGCCCAGACAUAGAAAAAAAUGAUGUUCUUGAGAAACUAUAUUCUCUCCAUCUCUGUCUGGAAAUCCUCUCCAGAAUUUUUUACUAUCCCUAUGGGACCUGUGGCUGCUUUCAGCAGGAUCCUUAUUUCUGUACUCCCCUUGUUCAUAUCAAUCUUCUUUUAACACUAGUUUGUAUAAACCAAUUUUCCUUUGCUAUUCUUGGUCUUUGUGAAUUACACUACCGGUAUAAAGAACUUCCGUACUAGUGGACUUUAUGUCAAGGGUCUAGAUCUCCUCACCCCAACCUAACAUUCUGACACGGCAAAUGAGCAUUGAUUUGGCCACUUGUGUUUGUAAAAAACAAGGAACUGUAAAUGGGAAGGGGCUACCAUAAUAUCUGAGUAUUGACUCCCAGCAUUGUAUACAUCUGAAUUUUACAUUCUGUCAUUACAAAGUGCUUUCUAAGGGUACAUCCUGUCCCAGGGGUGACCCCCCUCUUGUAAAAGUAAAAAUGAAUCAUGUCACAUUACUUUAUAUAUAGACAUAUUAUUUGCUGCAUUGUCAGUAAACUGUUCCAAAAAUGAAUAAAGAGCAGUCCGUAUUGGGAGUGUAGCAGCGGAGCCCAAAAUCUGGAGGAAACUCAUGACUCACGUUAGUGGGUGUUAAAUGUGCCAUUUUAUUUUAAGUUAUGCCCAUUAUAUUUGUUUGGCCUUUUCUUUAGAGUGAUCAUCUUCUUUUUUUAUGUGGCAAACAUGUUGAGUGUCUCUUCCAUUUAUACUCUGAGCAGUUUGUUGGGGACAUCCUGAAUGGUUGGUUUAGCAUCCCUUCCAUCCUUUUUUGUUUGCAUUCUCAGUGACAUCUGUGCUUUGGUGGCAUUUAGCUUCCCAUUCGAAGUAGCUGGCUGCUUUUAAUCAGGACUGUUGAAAUUGUUGUCAGUCUGAAUGUUUUCUUUUUUUAAUCAUAUUUGCCUGAUUGACCUUUUUUUGCUUUUUUUUCUCUGUCUUUCUAUUGGGCUGCUCCAGGAGCCAUGGCUAACCAUCUUAUAACCAAUGCUCUCCUUCGUCCUCAUGGCACUAACAACCCUUAUAACACAUUGCUCGGGGAAUCGGCCGUCUAUAACAACCCUUCUAUCAGCAUGUACAACACACCAGGUGUGGUGGAGUUUCUCUCAUUUUUCUAGUGAGAGUCCCAUUUUAUGUGGCUUUUAUAGGCACAUUUUUUCUUUCUUUCUUUUUCUUUUCUCCCCUUUAUUUUUGAGCACAAAUAAUUAUUUCCCCACCCAUUUCAGAACAUUUUCCCAUUUUUCCCAGGCUUUUUUUUCUUGAAAGGAUCUACAUUAAUUUUGAAUGACACCCAUCAGUCAGAUCUAUUCAGACGUGUAUGACGUUUUGUUUUAAUAUUUUCAGUGUUGUGUUUGGUCACUUGUAUCCAUUUAUCUCUUGUAUAUCUGUUUGUCAAACAUUCAUUUGAGAAACAGGAGCACUGUCCAAGGUAAGUGAUAUCAAAAUAGCCUUUUAAUGCUUAAAACGGCAAAGCUAUUGUUGAGUUUUGAAAUUCAGAGCAGGAUUGGGCUAGUAAAGAAUAUACCCCCAACUACUGUUUAAAAACAACAGCAGUAGUAGCAGUUAGUUAUUUAGCAGUAGUAAUAAAAGCCCCAGGCCAACUACUUGGUUGGUUUAAUCCUCAUUGAAAUAAGUGAGACUUACUGUAGUCACAACAAAUUUGUUCUGCUGGUUUUAAUAGGACUUACCGGUAAGUGCAGUCAUCUUUAUUAGGACUGAAGUCACAGCGUAUCAUUCCAGAUGGGUCAGGUAGAAUUCUGCAAUCAAAGAAAUUGGCAUAAGAAUGCAAAGAUCUUACCAGUAAAGCCAGGGAAGUUUGUCUGACAUGACUAUCUGAGAUUUUGGCCAUGACAAUCUCUUUACACAAAGAUAAUACAGGUGUAAACAGCACCUCUUUGGGUUAUAUAGCCUUCUAAUAUGAAAUGCUGAAUGGUCUUAUUAGCCUUUCAUUCCUAGAGGUGAAAUUUUAUUUGACAUUCUACUUCUUUUGAAAAAAAAUUCAUAUAGCACUUUUUAUUUAAAUAAACAAUACAUUUAGUUACAUUAAAAUGCUAAUAUAGCACAUAAACAGCACAUCAUAAACAGUGAAAUUUCCCCCUCUUAAUAUAAAUCAUUAAUCAUUUCAAAAUUUACCUUUUAGUCUCAAAAAGUAACUUUCCAUACUGGAUAAUAAUAUUGAGAAUUCGGUAUCUCCCAUAAAACUGUAAGAAAUAAAAAUUCAUUUCUGAUGCACAAAUGUUCUCUGGUGGCUAUGGCAAGAUACAAUUUUUUAGAUUAUUAGGCGUUAUGGGUGGGAACCAAGCUAAGUUAGUUACACAGAUUUCACAGCCAAGCUCAAGUCUUGACUAUCUCAUCCCAUUGACUUCAUAGGGACCUGCAUUCAACUUAGCCUGGCUCCAGCCCUUUGACAAGAUCUUUCAUUUCAAAUAUCAGUAUCUAUGCCAGAGAUUCCUCUACAUUGAUUCGCGCCAUACUCCAUUGAUCUCAUUGGCCAUACUCUGUUUUUAACUGGAACACAAAUUGUAAAUAAAAACAGCACACGGUCCCUGGAAACGAAGUGAACAGUGUUACUGUUGGUUCCAUUUUUAUCACUGAUGAGAACUGUAUACUUUUUGAACAAAGCAAUUGCUUACCUUAUGUCACAUUGUUUCACACCCAUCUACGGUAUUUCAUAUGCAAAUACAUUUCAGUGCUACAGGAAAAUGGAAGUCUAUGCUAACUAUUGGCAUUUGCUGGCUUGCCUCAGUAUGCUUUGCUGCUUUACCAUGAACAGAGUCGAGGAUUUUGUUAGUUUUUUAUCAUGUAUAAAAUGUUAUCUGAUAAUGAGGUAAGAGUAGUGAGCCAUUAUACUUAUUAGAUAUCACUGAAACCUGGCCCAUACUAACCUGACUUGCAGCGUGACAAAACUCAGCUAAAAGUCUUUACACAUUAUCCCACGAGCCAUCUUUCCUUUUGGGCUCUGUGGCCAUGGAUGAGCUGAAUUACUCACAAAGCAGCUGUCAGGCUAGGCAUCAUGGCAGUUUAUUUUGAAUGAUAGAACUGAUAAAGUAAUGAACCAUGAGAAAACUGUGUAGGGUCUCAAGGGCACUGCUGCAGCCCAGAUCAGCUUGGCAUGACUCACACAAUCAUUUUCCGGCUUAUUAUCUGUAAUCCAUGCUGAGUUUUAGUCUACCCAAGUUGAAUAGAUUCAUAAAACAGUAGUUAUCUGAGAAGACGACCAGACCCUGAUUUGUUCCAUGGCCAUUUGGGGAUAUGUGGGAGUAUGAAAUGCUCAGGCAAUCACUUCACCACACAUGUAUCUAACAAAGUCUGUGGCAAUAUGAAUUGGCCAAGAGGAGAAGUAUUGUUUGCUAGAGGGGUGUGUGUGUGUGUGUGUGUGUAUCUCAGUGGGUUAUACCCAAAAACCAUAUGCAUGUUCUCUCAUUUUCCAGGUCUACAUACUGAAAUAAGUAGGUAGCCGUGUUGGUCUGGAUCGAAGUAAAAUAAAAAAAUUCCUUCAGUAGCACCUUAAAGACCAACUAAGUUUUUAUUUU